AAAACUUGAUGGGAACUUUUAUUGCUAUGCUAGUAGGCUUGUUGAUUGAAUUUUUCAACAGUACAAAUAUAGUUGCGAAUAUCAAUUAAACAAGCACGUGACAGAUAAUCUUGUUUACUGGAUUAUGUAACCAAUAAUAUUUUACUGUAAUCACAAAUGAAAUAGCGUUAAGUGUAAGGCAUGAAUAGACAUUACGUGCGUAUUAAAAAAAACAAUACCUACACUGAAAAAAUUAUGAUCAGAAUGAAAAUUGGAAACUAUCAAAAAAUUCGUUUAGUUGCACAUAUUCAAUGAAAGAAUCGAAUUAUACUACAGAAUUUAUUAAGUGUAAAUUGCAAAUGCAAGGAUGCAAUACUUUGAAAAUUUGUAUGGAAAUAUGUACGUGCAUGUGCAUAUAUGUUAAUUAUGCAUUUCUUUGCAAUGCAGAAGCAACACCAUAUUAGGUACAUAUAUAUUCAUAUGUAUUUGGUGGUAUAUGGUUUUCGAUAAGAUAAACGUAUUUCGAAGAGAUUUUCUUUCUUAUUUCUUAUAAUUAUGAAUCUCUUUCCAUUUUAUGGCACGUCUAACUCCUGUUUUGUAUUUACCGACAAACAGUCUACCAAUUUUAUAACAUUUUUAAUAUAAGGUAUACUAUUCAAGUAGCAAGUAGCAUGUUCACAAAAUGGCCAAGAUAACUUCGGGUGUGAGCUUAACGGUAGAAAAUUAUUUUGGUAUUUGAAAGAAACUUCGUGUAAUUAAAGAUCACACAAUGCAUACCUGUUAAUAGCAGAAAGGAAACAAAAGCUUUGCGCUAACUAUAAUGCUUUUCUUUCUAUUAAAAUAAAUAAUUGUGUACCAUGGUUCGACAAAGGCUCCCAAAUAUUAAUGGUGUUAGAAAUAGUAAACAUCUUGUAUUAACGCUUAUUACUGGUGUAAUUUUUGGAUUUCUCUCAGCGUGCCUUCUAAAAGCAUCUACAAGAGAUGUGCCAUAUAUAUUUAAUUGGUUUUCUGGUAACCUUCCACUUUCAAGAGACCCACAUCAUUAUUCAGAGUUGGAAUCAGAGGUUGGACCUGAAACAGAAGUAAAAUUUCAUGGGGCGGAUGAAGAUUUCCAUAAAGGUGAAGAUAAAGUCGCGCAGGAUCUUGCAAAAAGAGUACGCGUACUUUGUUGGAUCAUGACAGGGCCUAAAAAUCAUCAAAGUAAAGCGCAACACGUGAAAGCGACAUGGGGCAAACGUUGCAAUAUUCUUUUGUUUAUGAGCUCUGUUGAAGAUAUAAAUUUACCUGCAGUUGCUCUGCCGGUAAAAGAAGGGAGAGAAAAUUUAUGGGCAAAAACCAAAGAAGCUUUUAAAUAUGUUUAUGAAAAGUAUAAAGACGAAGCUGAUUGGUUUAUGAAGGCUGAUGAUGACACAUAUGUGGUGGUAGAAAAUCUACGGUAUAUGCUUUCAUCAUAUGACCCAAGUUCGCCGCUGUAUUUUGGCUGCAGGUUUAAGCCGUUUGUGAAGCAGGGAUACAUGAGCGGCGGUGCAGGAUAUGUGCUUAGUAAAGAAGCUUUGCGAAAAUUCGUGGAGGAAGCUUUGCCCGACAAGACAAAGUGUCGGGGGGACAACGGCGGCGCGGAAGAUGUAGAAAUGGGAAAGUGUCUUGAAAAGAUAAACGUUAAAGCAAUGGACACGCGAGAUCCCCAUGGUCGUGGACGAUUUUUUCCUUUCGUACCGGAACACCAUUUAAUUCCAAAUCAUGUGGAUAAGAAUUUUUGGUACUGGAAGUACAUUUACUACGAUACCAAAGAUGGUCUCAACUGUUGUUCCGAUAGCGCUAUAUCCUUUCAUUACGUAUCACCAAAUAUGAUGUACGUUCUGGAGUACUUAAUUUAUCACUUAAGGCCAUAUGGAAUCACGCAUAGCGUGGAAAAACCUACUGCGGAUCAGUCAACUACAGUAUUCACUGAAUACUAGUCUAUCUACAAUAUUAAUCAAAAUACUAUAAAUAUAAAUCAUUGAUGCAUAUGAUGGCAUAUCACUUGCUAUACACUACUGAUGAGUAAAUUUAUCGUUAACAAGUGUCAGAAUAUAACGAAGAAUUCAGAUUCAUUUGUAAAUUUUGACACAUUGAAAUUAUUCAGAAAUCUUCAAAAUGAUAAAAAUCCAUAAAUUAUAUAUUGUUGUAUUUAAAAAAGAAAAACUUAUGGAAAAUGUUUAAAAAAUAUUUUCCAUAACAGUUGAACUGUACAUCUUUAAACCCAUCAGUAAUAGCAAGUAUAAUUAUAAUUUUAUUCCUCUCUGUUGUCACGUCAUGACACUAGUCUAUUUAGACCAACGAAUUAAACGUUAAUAUAUUCACCAAAAGAUGAAACGUGUGAUACAUACGGUAUUUCAUAAUGAUAUAUAUAAUAUAUAUAUAUACAUAUAGAUAUAAUGUUUAUACGUACCUACAUGUAAUGAUGAGAAAUUUCUAAUUUCAUUCAUCAUUAUUUAAGAGUCGAGUAAAAUGUACACUAUUCUAUAAAUAAAUGUUACAAGCGCAUUAGAAUUGAUCUUUUUCUACCAACGAAACAAUAAAGGAAAAUGUAACAAGUA